GGUGAGUGAACCUUGCCCCGGAGGCCUGUCGCGGCGGGGACGGAGAGCUGUCCGCGGCCACACCAUGGCGGGCCUGCUGCGCCUUGCUCUGCUCAGCACCUCCCUGGCUGGCCUGCUGCUGCCCGGGGGAAGUGUGUUCCUGCCCCGGAACCGGGCCCUCAGCGUCCUGCACAGGGUCCGCAGGGCCAACUCGUUCUUGGAGGAGAUGAAGCAGGGAAACCUGGAGCGGGAGUGCCGAGAGGAGGCCUGCUCGUACGAGGAGGCCCGCGAGGUCUUCGAGGACACAGACAAGACGGAUGAAUUCUGGAAUAUAUACAAAGAUGGUGACCAGUGUGAAAGCCACCCUUGCCUGAAUCAGGGCAAAUGUAAAGACGGCCUUGGGCAGUACACGUGCUCCUGUUUGGAAGGAUUUGAAGGCAAAAACUGUGAAUUGACCACACGUGAGCUCUGCAGCCUGGACAACGGGGGCUGUGACCAGUUCUGCAGGGAGCAGCGGAGCGCGGUGGUGUGCUCGUGCGCCAGCGGCUACGACCUGGGUGACGACGGCAAGUCCUGCGUCUCUGCAGGACCCUUUCCCUGCGGGAAGCUCACCCAGGGACGCAGCCGGCGGUCGGCCGCCCUCGGCGGCGAGGAUGCCCCCAAAGCUGGCACAUUGGAGCUGUACGACUCCGGAGACCUGGGCCCCACCGAGAGCCCCCUCGACCUUCUGGCCCUCAACAGGACAGAGCCCAGCCCCAAGGAGGACGAGAGCCACCUGAUCCGGAUAGUGGGCGGGAGGGACUGUGAAGACGGCGAGUGCCCCUGGCAGGCUCUACUUGUCAACGAGGAGAACGAGGGCUUCUGCGGGGGCACCAUCCUGAGUGAGUUCUAUGUCCUCACCGCGGCCCACUGCCUCCUCCAGGCCAAGAGGUUCAAGGUGAGGGUAGGCGACCGGAACACGGAGAAGGAGGAGGGCAACGAGAUGGCGCACGAGGUGGAGGUGACCGUGAGGCACAGCCGCUUCGUCAAGGAGACCUACGACUUCGACAUCGCGGUGCUGAGGCUCAAGACGCCCAUCCGCUUCCGCAGGAACGUGGCGCCCGCCUGCCUGCCCGAGAAGGACUGGGCCGAGGCCACCCUGCUGACCCAGAAGACGGGCAUCGUCAGCGGCUUCGGGCGCACGCACGAGCGGGGCCGCCUGUCGUCCACGCUCAAGAUGCUGGAGGUGCCCUAUGUGGACAGGAACACCUGCAAGCUGUCCAGCAGCUUCUCCAUCACCUCCAACAUGUUCUGCGCCGGCUACGACGAGCAGCCCAAGGACGCCUGCCAGGGCGACAGCGGUGGCCCCCACGUCACCCCCUUCAAGGGCACCUACUUCGUCACUGGCAUCGUCAGCUGGGGCGAAGGCUGUGCACGGAAGGGGAAGUACGGUGUCUACACCAAGGUCACCAACUUCCUCAAGUGGAUCGACAAGUGCAUGAAAGCGGGGGCGGGGGCCAGGGGGGAGCCACACCUGCAGUGAAGCCCCACUGCCCCCCGCCCCACCCCCACCCCCCCGCAGCCCCUGCCUCUCCUUCCUCAGCACUGGGGCUGAGCCGGGUCCCUCCCUGCAGUGAUUAGAGCCGUGUCGGUUCCCUGUCCUGGUUCUGUUCUUGCUCCACUGAAGCGGGAAAUGAAGGCCCAUUUGGAACCUGGGACCCUGCCUUCCCGUGGCCAGCUGGGAGCUUUCGGGAUCGGGUAGGGACUGUGAGGUGCUGCCCACAUAGGACGCGGCGAAGCUCCCUGUUCACAGCGCAUUUCUCUGCCCUUGAAGGCCGUCAGCUGCCCCCAGCUGCUCACGGCACUGCCAGUAAAGCAGCAGGGUUCUGGGAGCACAGAGGGGCCGGGGCCAGCCCGCCCCGGGGUCUGGUGGGGGUUCCCCACGUGUGCCCUCACGGCCCCCCGUCACCUCCUGGAAGAGGCAGGCUCUCUGGGGAGGGAAGGGUUAGAGGGCUCGUAGACAGGGACAUUUCAACGUCGACCUAACGCUCUGUAGUCCCCGGGAGCCCAGCAGCACAGGCCUAGAGCCACAGACUCGCCCCCAGGUGUGACUGUCCCCAGGCGGGGGCUCUGGAGUCUGUCCAGCUACAGCCCCGAGCAGUCAUCUGGCUCUGGCUAGUCCCUGCCACUCCCCCGGUGCCCUGCGUGCGAGGUGUGUGCUGGGGGACUGCAGGCAGGCAGCUCCCUCCUCAAAUAGUCACAUGCCAGGCUGAGCCCUCCUGUCUGCACCAGGUCCAGGCGCUCAACCCAAAUGGUCAGGAAAACCAGGCAUGCUUCUAGAAGAAGUGGUCACCUCAGAUGGGACCUGCCGCGUUUCCCAGUACCGUUUGCAUUUUGCGUAACUUGUUUAAGCAAAGUUUCAAAGAUCUAGUACGAAAGCCCCAUCAGGUCACUGGCUGGGCAGUUGUGUAAGCAGGUCUGCAAGUUUGGAAAAACCAACGUGAACAGGUUUCUCAGAAACGGUCAAGCCAGAGCGUCCAUAUCUGUGCGUCCCGCCUCAAGCUCCUCAAAGGGAGCCGUCCCGCAGAGACGGCCUCGGACAGCCAGGUCCCACGUGGUGGGCCAGGGGUCUCUGUCCAGAGCAAACCCUGCUGGG